AUGUGUGGUAUUUUCGGAUACGUCAACUACCUGGUGGAGAAGGACCGCAAGUUCAUUCUCGAUACCCUGCUCAACGGCCUUGCCCGUCUUGAGUACAGAGGAUACGACUCCGCCGGUCUGGCCAUCGAUGGCGACAAGAAGAAGGAGGUUUUGGCCUUCAAGGAGGUCGGCAAGGUCGCCAAGCUGAGGAAGCUCAUAGAUGAGUCUUCUUUGGACCUGACCAAGGUUUUCGACUCACACGCCGGUAUUGCCCACACCCGAUGGGCUACUCACGGCCCCCCCUCCACUCUCAACUGCCACCCUCACCGAUCCGACCCCAACUCCGAGUUCGUUGUUGUCCACAACGGUAUCAUCACCAACUACAAGGAGCUCAAGACCCUGCUCUCCAGCAAGGGCUUCAAGUUUGAGACCGAGACGGAUACCGAGUGCAUUGCCAAGCUCGCCAAGUACAUCUACGACCAGCACCCCCAGAUUGGAUUCACCGAUCUCAUCAAGGCUGUUAUCCAGGAGCUUGAGGGUGCCUAUGGACUGUUGAUCAAGUCUGUCCACUACCCCCAUGAGGUCAUUGCUGCCCGAAAGGGUUCUCCCCUCGUCAUUGGUGUCAAGACCCAGCGCCGCAUGAAGGUCGAUUUCGUCGACGUUGAGUACGGUGAGGACAACGGUGCUCUUUCUGCCGAGGCUGCUUCCCAGACUGUUGCUCUCAAGAAGGACGGCGACUUCCUUGCUCCCUCCAGCGCCCUCGGCGCUCCUGACAAGUCCCUGCUUCACCGCAGCCAGUCCCGUGCUUUCAUGACCGAUGACGGCAUGCCCAUGCCCACCGAGUUCUUCCUCUCUUCUGACCCCUCUGCCAUUGUUGAGCACACCAAGAAGGUCCUGUACCUCGAGGAUGACGACAUUGCUCACAUCCACGAGGGCUCCCUCAACAUCCACCGCCUGAAGAAGGCUGAUGGCAGCUCCAACGUCCGAGCCAUCCACACUCUUGAGCUCGAGCUUCAGGAGAUCAUGAAGGGCAAGUUCGACCACUUCAUGCAGAAGGAGAUCUUCGAGCAGCCCGAGUCUGUCGUCAACACCAUGCGAGGUCGUCUUGACAUUGCUAACAAGUCUGUCACUCUCGGUGGUCUGCGUUCAUACAUCUCCACCAUCCGACGAUGCCGCAGAAUCAUCUUCAUUGCCUGCGGUACCAGCUACCACUCUUGCAUGGCUGUCCGUGGUAUCUUUGAGGAGCUUACGGAGAUUCCCAUCUCUGUCGAGCUGGCCUCUGAUUUCCUUGACCGUGAGGCUCCUGUCUUCCGAGACGACACUUGCGUCUUUGUUUCACAGUCGGGUGAGACUGCUGAUUCUCUGAUGGCUCUCCGCUACUGCUUGGAGCGCGGUGCUCUCACCGUCGGUAUCGUCAACGUUGUCGGUUCUUCCAUCUCCCUCCUCACCCACUGCGGUGUCCACGUCAACGCUGGUCCCGAAAUCGGUGUUGCCUCCACCAAGGCCUACACCUCCCAGUUCAUUGCCAUGGUCAUGUUUGCCCUCUCCCUUAGCGAGGACCGGGCUUCCAAGAAGGCUCGCCGAGAGGAAAUCAUCGAGGGUCUUGGCAAUGUCUCUGCCCAGAUCAAGCACAUCCUUGAGCUGGACCAACCCAUCAAGGACCUGUGCCAGAAGGUGUUCAAGGAUCAGAAGUCCCUGUUGCUGCUUGGCCGUGGUAGCCAGUUCUCCACUGCCCUUGAGGGUGCUCUGAAGAUCAAGGAAAUUUCCUACCUCCACUGCGAGGCUGUCAUGUCCGGUGAGCUGAAGCACGGUGUUUUGGCCCUGGUUGACGAGAACCUCCCCAUCAUCAUGAUCCUCACCCGUGACGAGAUCUUCAAGAAGUCUCUCAACGCCUACCAGCAAGUCAUUGCCCGAGGCGGCAAGCCUAUCGUCAUCUGCAACCCUGGUGACGAGGAGUUCAAGGCCUCUGAUGCUCUCAAGAUCGAGAUCCCCAAGACCGUUGACUGCCUGCAGGGCAUCCUGAACGUCAUCCCCCUGCAACUGAUUUCCUACUGGCUGGCCGUUCUCGAGGGUCUCAACGUUGACUUCCCUCGAAACUUGGCCAAGUCUGUCACUGUCGAGUAA